AUUUGGUUGAUUUCGUACACAGCCUGAUGUCACAAUGAAUAAAAUAGGCAGAUUCAGAAACGCGUGUGUUAUUUGUGAAAGAAUUCAUUGUGUGUAACAUUUUAUAUUCUCAUGGUUGUAAAUCUUUAUACGUGAUAUAACAUAUUAAAUUUGAUCACUGCAUGUAAAAUGUAUCGUAUAAAAAAUGCAAAGGUUUUGUAAAUACCUUACAGUGAAUUUUGUAGCUAUUUAUCGUAACCUCAGACAAAAGGCGCAAUGUUACAAUUAAACAAUUUAUUAAUCAGUUUAUUAUUUACAUUUAUUAUUUAUGUGAUCUCUGAAGACUACGAUAAUGACGAUAAAUUAUACAUGUUGGUGUCACCUGACCAGCAUCAGCGCACUCCGCGGCUGGAGGACUUUUUUUGGACGGGUUCGGGGGAUGGGCCGCCACCACCUGCCGACCCUACAACCCUCGCCCCAGUGCAGCCUUCCACCCCGCUGGUGCGAACCACCACAGUGCUCGCCACCGUCUACCUGGACUCUUAUCCUCCCCAGGCGGUGACGGAUAAAUCGACAGGAGAAUGUGUCCUCAACUGUGGGGAGCCGGUGAUGCCAGACAGUCUGGAGCCAGAGAUCCCAGAGGAUCGGAGAUAUUGGCUCCUAACUGUCAUUCAGGGCUCCGCUCCGGACAGUCUGCAGUUACGACUUGCUCGGUUAUAUCAAAAAGCAUUUUUAAGACAACAAGAACGACACUUGGGCAUAAUAAAAUCUUUAGAUGCACCAACAGCGCGAAAGAAACAUGAUGUACAUUCAUUUAUAGUAAACAAAGACAAUAUCAACCCAGCAACUCACAGUAUAAGUUCACAACACAAAUACCUUGAAUCCUCCAAGGAAAUACCAUGGGAACCUGUUAAACCUACUACUACAUCUUCAUCAAAAAUCGAUGUAGCUUCUAUUACCGUGUUUAAUAUAUCUAAUACGGAAUUAUUCGAAGCUUCGGAAAUGUACCGCAUCGAUAACGUAGAUCCGAUUUCAAUGAGUUUAAAAAUAAAAGCGACAAAACUAAACGAAGUGCAUACGUGGAUAUUAGCUACCCCAACUCUUGUUUUGAGAAAAAGAGAAAUUGGAGAUACAGAAGAGAAUAAUAAAGAGGAACUUGAAGAAGUAAAGGGAGAUUUAAUAGACAUCCCUUUAGAGACCGAAGGCAAUGAAACAAUGUUGUUCAAAAGAGAAAUAAUAAGACCUGAUCAACAGCCGCCCGUGCAGGUGCACAUACAAAAUAUAACAGAGUCCCCAGAAACAGGUUCGGUACAAAUAGUGUACGUGGUGUUAGUGGGUGGCAGAGCGGUGCCAGCGGCGGUGGCUGCGAGGGACAUGAGGCUCGUGAGGGACGCUGAGGUCGCCAAGGAACUGGGCGCUGUAGUCACUACUAAGGCAGAGCCAGCGUACCUGAAGGCGGCGGAGGGGUUGGAGGGCGAGGCGGGUGCGGGAGGGGUGCACGGCACAGAACUCUGGGCGCUGGCUGUGGGAGCUACUGUUGCUAUAUUACUGUUGAUCGUGUUGUUGGCGCUGUUGUGUUUUGCGCACAGAAAGAAUCAAUUGAAGUCGGCCGCGUCCUUACGAGCGUACAGAAACGAGCUGAUGAGGGAAGCCGAACGAAAUCAGUUGAAACAAGUUCACGAAGAGAAAGAUGGAAGGCUGGUAAGCGUGGUAUCUCCCAGUAGAACGAGGCCCAGUAGUACGUUGCUUCCUAUCUACAGAGCAGCCAGUGCUUCCAGUUCAUCAACAACAUCGUCCGGAGUGUCCGAAGUGGCUGCUGCGCUACGUCGCAGACAGAAGAAACCACAUGCGUUAAGAAUGCCUCAGAAAAAACGAGUUGGAACGACGGACAGUCUGCUGGAGGCGGCGGGGCUGGAUAGUUCGGACAGCGGGCAGCCUUCAGCGCCGAAUACACCCACUUCCUACCUCUCCAUGCCCUCAGUCACUUCAUUUCCGAGAGGAAACGUGGUGGAACCGCUCUCGAGGAUAUUAGAGCCAGUAUCGGUUCGCCAUCUGGACAUCGACUCGCCAGUCUCCUCGCCCAAGGCCAGGGAACAGGCCAGGGCAAAAGACGUGGUGCCUCGCAGACAGAUGGCGUCACAGCUGGUCCGGCUCGGCAGCAUCGACAAGGACCCUGGGGUGAUUGGGCCCUUGGUCUGGGAUCUGCACUGUCAAAGGAUUAAGGAUGCUUCCAAACCUUCGACUCCUGUGAAAUCAGGCCGCAAGGACGCAGGCCCGUCGCGCAUGCGCCAGCGAUUCAACGAAUUGAUGGAUGACGCAUUCACGCUGUUCGGCAGCGCAGGUUCGAGUCCCAACUCGCACGACACGUAUACUGUCGACACAGAGAAGGCCAACGUGGACAAGGACAAGAAUAAACGGGAAGGAGAACAAGUCACGCAAGCGCGCAAUGACAAUGUACGCUUGCCAGGAUCACCUUACACUGCUAUGGACACCGUAAGAGGGAAAUCCGCCGGUCCAGGCCGAGGCGGGAAGGCCAGCAGCAGUGCGGAGGGGGCGCGGCCCCGUACUUCCUUCACACGGCCCCUUGCAGAGCGCAGAGCCCCGCCGCCCGCCCGGGCCUGGGGACCCACGCCGCCUCAGUCCGCAGGUCGCCCCCCAGCGCCCGUGGUGAACCCCGGACUGAUAGUGGCGGAAGGCCGGCUGCCUCCAGAGGACCCCGCCGUGCCUCUCAUCUCUGCCAUCAAAACCGAGAUACAACGCAUCCGAGAGAACGCCACUAAACCUUCGUAGUCUUUACUUCGUUUCACAGCGCCAAAUAUAUAAGGAUUUUGCAUAUUUUAGGGGCUUUGGUAGAAUCUUGCUGUUGAGUUUUGUUUAAAGGAUGGGUCGGCUGAAAUAGAGAGGAAAAUCUACAGAACCGAGUAAACAUAAAUGUGCCAGUAAUGUAAGAAGUAAAAUAUUUCCAACUCCUCCCUAUCUUUCUAUUUGAUUAAUUUCGUUGCGGGAU